AUAUUGCUUGAUGCACUUCUACAAGAGAUAAAAAAUGAGUUCUGAGGAGGUGAUUUAUUGCAUUUGCCGGAGCUCUGACGUUUCUAGGUUCAUGAUAGGAUGUGAUCACUGUGAGGAGUGGUAUCACGGAGACUGUAUAAAUGUUACUGCUCAGGAGUCUAAAUAUAUCAAGAAAUUCUUCUGCAAGGAAUGUCGGAAGAAGAAUCCCAAACUUGAAGUUGUUUUUAAAUCCAAAUAUACUGAGAAGCUGAAAGAACUAAAUCAGACCACUAAGAAGGAAAGAAGAGAAGAUCACAGUGAAAAGGAAAAGAAGUCGAAAGAGAAAAAGAAGAACUGGGAUAAGGAAAGAGAAAGAGAGCGGAGCAAAGAAAGGCACAAACACAAAGAGAAAAAGAAUAAGAAGGAUAGAGAUGAAAGAAAAGAUGAAAAGAAACAUAAACACAAAAGUAAACAUGAGGAUAAGGAUAGGGAUGAAAGGAAGGAGAAGGAGGAGAAGAAGGAGAAAAAAUCUAAACCAGUUAUAUCUGACAGUGAUGAGGAUGCAGACAAAGGCAAUGAUAAAAACAAGGAGAAAGAAAAAGAAAAACUAGAAGAAGCAGAAAAAGAAAAAGCUAGACGGAAAGAGAAAGAACUCCAAAAGGAAAGACAGAAACUGCGCGAAGAAAAAAGGAAAGAAAAAGAGGAAGAAGAAGCAGAAAGGAAAAGAAAAGAAGCCAAAGAGAAGGAAAAGAAAGAAAAAUCUCAGUCAACCGAAAACAAAGCAAAACAUGAACCAGAAAAGACGAAAAGUGCACCGUCAAAAGAGCUAGUCAGUUUAUCUCAGUCCUCCAGCGAGGAUGAUUGGAAGCCAGCAGCUGUUCAGCCUCCUCCUAGUCUCAAGCGUAAACCUCUUAAAGAACAAGGAUCAAAUAAACGGAAGCGUGCUUGGAGGCCGGAUUACGGUUCCUCUGAAGAUGAAGAGGUUCAUGACCUUGCUCCUCGUCAAUGCUAUGGGAUGGACUGUAUAAACUGUGCCAGGGUUGGGAGCAAAUACUGCUCAGAUCAAUGCGGACUCACUGUGGCAUCUCUUAGAAUAUACCAAACUCUUCCUGAGCGUAUCCGAGAGUGGAAUAUGACCAGCUGUAAAGCAGAGAGUAAAAAUGGUAAGGAGUUAGAGAGUAUACGGCAGGAGAUCCUAGUUGCUAAGCAGAGGCUGGAGGAGCUCGACAGAGACGCGGAGAAGCUGGAAACCACUAUCACAAAAGGUAAAAGCAUGACCUUGAUCGAGCACAAUGCUGAGGAUUCGUCAGACGAGGAUGAAGAGGUUCGAGGCAGCGGAGGAGCAAUCAACUGUAUCAGUUGCGGCAAAGAUAUCCCCGCGAGGAUCGCUAUUCGUCACAUGGAAUCCUGCUUUAACAAGAUUGAGUCUCAGACAUCAUUUGGAUCAAUGUAUAAAACAAAGAUCGAAGGAUAUCAGAUGUUUUGUGACUUCUUCAAUCCACAAACUGGAACGUACUGUAAGCGUCUGCGCGUGAUUUGCCCUGAGCAUACCAAGGAUCUUAAGAUGUCGGAUUCAGAGGUUUGCGGCUAUCCUCUUACUAAACACGUGUUCCAGAGUUCGGGUGAAUACUGCCGGUUAUCCCGUAAAGCGUGUAACGAGCACUACUGCUGGGAGAAGCUUAAGCGCGCCGAGCUCGACAUGGACAGGGUUAGACAGUGGUUAAAACUUGACGAACUUCUAGAGAAAGAGAGACAGGAGAAGGAAGCAAUGUCUAGAAGAGCUGGAGUAUUAAACCUUCUCCUCCACUCAACCUUUAACCAUGAGAUGGCUAAAAUUCUUCAGAAGAAGAAUAGUCGGACCAAUCUUCCUCAAGCUAAACCUCAGAAACGUGUUUAGAAGAUCAUUCGUCCUUUAUCAUUGAUUUUUCUACUACUCUAUAUUCUUAAUUUCAGUAUUCUAAGCUUUUCAUCAUUGUGUCUUCUUCUUGAUCAGUUUCCUCUUUCUUUUUCUUCUUUUUCCAUUUUUCUCAACUUUGAACUUUGAUUGAUGAUUUUCUUUUUAAUAAUUCUUUCUUCCUAUCUUUAUGCAAUACUCUACGUAUACUAGAAUGUACCUGCGACGUACCUCCCCUGCUAGCUGUGAUAACAUGUUAAAUAAACUUUCAGA